CGAUCCUAUCCCCAUCACCUCAUCCCAUCCCGCCGGCGAAGGCUCCCCACCACCACCAAACCCUAGAUUACAGUAGAUAGAUCUCGUUCUCCGGCGGCGGCGAAGAUGGUGUGCAUCCGGCAGGCGACGAUCGACGACCUGCUGGCGAUGCAGGCGUGCAACCUGAUGUGCCUGCCGGAGAACUACCAGAUGAAGUACUACUUCUACCACAUGCUGUCGUGGCCGCAGCUGCUGUUCGUCGCCGAGGACUACGGCGGCCGCAUCGUCGGCUACGUGCUGGCCAAGAUGGAGGAGGACCCCUCGGAGCCCUGCCACGGCCACAUCACCUCGCUCGCCGUGCUCCGCUCCCACCGCAAGCUCGGCCUUGCCACCAAGCUCAUGUCGGCGGCCCAGGCCGCCAUGGACCAGGUCUUCGGCGCCGAGUACGUCUCGCUCCACGUCCGCCGCUCCAACCGCGCCGCCUUCAACCUCUACACCUCCACCCUCGGCUACCAGAUCCACGACAUCGAGGCCAAGUACUACGCCGACGGCGAGGACGCCUACGACAUGCGCAAGAUGCUGCGCCAGCCCGUGCCCAAGAAGCACCACCACCACCACCACGCCGGCGGCGGCUGCUGCUCCCACGACGCUCCUGCUGCCGCGGCGGCCGGCUUGUCCCCAGCUUCCGCUUCGCCGGAGAAGUAGGCCGACUCAUUAGAUGAAAGCCAUUUCAAAAACAAGGAGCUGCUGAACAUCCUGGAUAAUAUGAAUCAUAUGGUGCUCUCCUCUUGGAUCUUGAUUGUAGCCCCUGCUGUACCAUUGAUACAGAGAGAACAUUGUACUGUGAUUACAUCUGUUUUUGUAGGCUUGCCUGGUCAGAUCGCACACCUUCGGCCAGAAUCCUUGUACUUCUUGUGAGACUUAAUGACAUGCACAUAUUUUAACUACCUCCCAAUUGUUGCCUGAAAUUUUGUGGGCAAAUCGUGGCUGAAAUGUGGACGGUUAGACUUGCAGAGGAGCACUCAAUAAAAUUUGUUUGGGGAUGUCUUUUUGGCAA